GAUGGUCUCCAGGUAGUCGCACGCAUUCCUUAUCCUGUGAUACAGCCAAAGGGGCUCGUUGUAGCAAGCGAAGCAGCGACGAUGACUUUCCUCCGCUCAAAAGGCAUACCGGUCCCGCAAGUGUUCGGGUACUCUUGUACCUCAGGAAAUCCUGCUGGCACCGAAUAUAUCUUCAUGGAGUUCUGUUCCGGAAGAGACCUUGCCUGUGCAUGGGACGAGAUGGCCGACGAUGACUGCAGUCGUUUCAUUCAACAUCUGGUGAACGUAGAAGCCCGACUUUCAGCUAUUCGUCUACCAGCCUAUGGCAGCCUGUAUUUCCUUCGAGAUCUGCCCUCGAAAGGGAGUGGCGUUCCCAUUGAUACGCAAGACGCUAGCAACCCAGACUCAAUAUACAUCGGUCCAAGCACGGGUAUUCAAUUUUGGUUUGGCAAACGGAGUAGCCUGCAGAUUGAUCGCGGACCUUUCUCCCAACCAGAAGCUGCCAUGAAUGCAGGCGCCGAAAAAGAAAAGAAGUAUCUCGAGAAGUAUGGGCGCCCGCUCCUCCCAUUCAAUCGCUUCCAAAGAGAGACGUUCAAUUUCCGAAAACAGUCGCCUUCAGUCCAUCUCGACAGUCUUCGGAAAUACCUGCAGAUCUCAAAGCACCUGAUCCCUCAUUCUGAAGCCCUAACAUCGUCGGUCCUGAGACAUCCCGAUCUUCGUCCUAGCAAUGUGUUCGUCUCUGAGGAUUUUCGAAUAACUGCGCUGAUCGACUGGCAGCAUAGCAGUGCACUGCCCAUGUUUCUGUCAGCUGGGAUUCCAGAGUUCUUAGACAAGAAAGGAUCGCAGCCACCCGAUCAACCUCUAGAAAUGUCAAACAACACUUCAUCGCAAGAGGACGAAGACGAUAACAUUAAAGCUCAACAUCUCUAUCUCCAGCGCCAAAGAGAACUUCGCAACACUUACAUCGGCGCCGUGGAGCAACAUGACCCUCUACACUUCGAAUCCCUUACCUAUCCCUUCUCAAUCGGUCGACAGAAACUCCACCGCUUAUCAGAAAAUCCGUGGCAAGGCGACAACAUCCCCCUUCGCUCCAGUUUGAUCUUUGUCAAACAGAAUUGGCCGCAAAUCACAUCUGAUCCCACCAUCCCCUGCCCAAUUGCAUUCACGGCAGAAGCUGAGCAGGAGUGCUUACGUCUCGAUGAUGCCGAGCAACAAGGUGUCGAGCAGUUGGAAGCCUUCAAGCAGGCCAUUGGUCUAGGGCCGGAAGGCUGGGUUUCCCACGAGAAUUACAACGCUGCGAAAGAAGCAAUCGCACGGAUGAAAGAAAUGUCGCUGCAGCUGGCCGAGACGGAGGACGAGGUGAUUGCUAUCCGGGAUCAUUGGGUUUUUGAUGAUAUGGAUGAAGAGGAAUACUCAUGA